AUGCCGCUACAGCCCCAAACGAAGUGGAAUUUUGACGCCUUCACUCCAAAGGGCACAGUUACCCCCCAAAGAGAGAAACCUGGACACACUUACCAAAAAGACAAUGACCUGAUGAAUGGUCUUCCAAGAGAAGCCACAGUUCUUGGGACUAUCCAGAUCCUGUGUUGCCUGAUGAUUUCAAGUUUGGGGGUCAUUUUGGUUUCUGAUCCCUACUCCUCCCACUUCAGUCCAGCAGUUUCCAACAUUUUGGUGUCUGGGUACCCAUUUAUAGGAGCUUUGUGUUUUGCCAUUUCUGGAUCUCUCUCAAUUAUCUCCGGAGAAAAAUCAACUAAGCCCUUUACCCUGAGCAGCCUGACCUCAAAUGCAGUGAGUUCCCUUACUGCUGGGGCAGGCCUCUUCCUCCUCGCUGAUGGCAUGGUAGACGUGGGGACUGCCUUUCAACACCGUGACUCAGAAAAGGAGUAUCUAUCCUCACUGCCUUAUUCGGAGUACUAUUAUCCAGUGUAUGAAGUCAAGGAUUGUCUCUUGAGCAGUGCCAGUCUAACAGGUGUUCUGGUGGUGAUGCUCACAUUCACUGUGCUGGAGCUCUUACUAGCUGCAUACACUUCUGUCUUUUGGUGGAAACGGUUCUACUCCAACAACCCUGGGAGUGAAUUUUCCUUGCCUUAGUCAUGAGAUCAUAUCCAGCAUGCCAGAAAGAGUUCUUCAAAGUAAUAGAAAUGAGCAACUCUUGGCCUCAGAGGAAAAAGGAAGAACAACCCAGCACCUACGACAAAGUGUAGUUAGACUUUUCUGAACUCUCAGCCAUUUCAGAUAUUGUGCAAUAAACU